AUGCCUCCGCUCUGGGCCUGGCUUGCCCUCGGCUGCCUGCGGCUGUGCAGGGGCGUGAACCUCCAGCCCCAGCUGGCCAGCCUGGCCUUCGCCACCAACAACCCUACGCUCAGCACCGUGGCCUUGGAGAAACCCCUCUGCAUGUUCGACAGCACAGCAGCCCUCAACGGCACCUAUGAAAUUUACCUCUACGUGCUGGCCAACGCGGCCAGCCCCAGGAAUGCCUCUGUGCAGGACAGCUCCAAGACGCCGCUGAGUACCACAUUCCAGGAGACGGGGGGAGGGAGGACAGGCCCCUACAAGGCCGCGGCCUUUGACCUGACCCCCUGCAGCGACCUGCCCAGCUUGGAUGCGGUGGGGGACGUGUCCCGGGCCUCGGAGAUCCUGCACGCGUACCUGGUCAGAGUGGGCGCCGACGGGACCUGCCUGUCCGACCCUGACUUCCAGGGCCUCUGCAAUGCGCCGCUGUCGGCAGCCACGGAGUACAGAUUCAAGUACGCCCUCAUCAGUGCGUCCACGGGCCUGGUGCAGGACGAGACGCUGUGGUCGGACCCCAUCCGGACCAACCGGCCGUCCCCGUACUUGGCGAUCGACACGUGGCCCGGCCGGCGGAGUGGCGGCAUGAUCGUCAUCACGUCCAUCCUGGGCUCCCUGCCCUUCUUCCUGCUCCUGGGCUUUGCCGGCGCCAUCGUCCUGAGCCUCCUCGACAUGGGCGGUUCUGAGGGGGAAGCCACGCAUGACUCCCAGAUCACACAGGAGGCCGUCCCCAAGUCCCUGGGGACCGCGGAACCUUCGUACGCGGCGGUGAAUCGGGGGCUGCCCCUGGACAGGGCCGAGGUGUACCGCGGCAAGCUGCAGGACUGA